CUUACGUUAACCCUCCCGCCUAGUUAAUCUAGCCAAUAGCAACAUCUCUUACUGAAACACGUCUUUUGCCGCUAAAACCAAACUCUAGUUUUGUCUUGUCGAGGUGCCCAUUCGUGUAGACAGUAGCGACAAGAAGGUUCAGAAUCGGUGUGGCUCCUGUCAGUAGCUGAAAAUGGGAAUCUCUGGACUGCUGCAGUUCAUCAAAGAUGCAGCAGAGCCCGUCAAUGUGAAAAAAUACAAAGGCCAGACGGUGGCAGUGGACACCUAUUGUUGGCUGCAUAAAGGAGCUUUCUCGUGUGCUGAGAAGCUUGCUAAAGGAGAGCCAACUGAGCAGUACGUGUGUUACUGCAUGAAAUUUGUGGACAUGCUCUUGACCUUCAGUGUUAAGCCCAUUCUGGUGUUUGAUGGAUGCAAUCUGCCUUCAAAGCAAGAGGUGGAAAAGGCUCGCAGAGAACGCAGAGAAGCCAACCUUCAAAAAGGCAGACAGCUGCUGCGUGAGGGCAAACUGUCAGAGGCCAGAGAGUGUUUUAACCGCUGCAUUAACAUCACCCCAGCUAUGGCUCAUAACCUGAUCAAGGCUGCAAGGGCGAGAGGUGUGGACUGUGUUGUGGCUCCCUAUGAAGCCGAUGCUCAGUUGGCUUACCUCACUAAAUCUGGUUUGGCCCAGGCUGUCAUCACAGAGGACUCUGACUUGCUGGCGUUUGGCUGCAAAAAGGUGAUUCUUAAGAUGGACAAGCAGGGCAACGGCCUGGAGAUAGACCAAAGCAACCUGGGUCGCUGUCGUUCCUUGGGGAACAUUUUCACAGAGGAGAAGUUUCGCUACAUGUGCAUCCUCUCUGGCUGCGACUACCUGCCCUCUCUGCAUGGCAUUGGCCUGGGCAAGGCCUGCAAGCUGCUGCGGCUUGCCAAAGACCCUGAUAUCCUGAAGGUGAUCAGAAAGAUGGGCCAGUACCUGAAGAUGAGUCUAGUUGUACCUGAGCAGUACAUCGAGGGAUUUGUCAGAGCCAAUAACACCUUCCUCUACCAGCUGGUUUUUGAUCCUGUCAGGAGAAUGGUUGUACCCCUCAACCCAUACCCAGAGCACAUCGACCCAGCCACCCUGAGCUACGCUGGACUUCAUUUAGGAGAUGACAAAGGCUUGCAGAUGGCCCUGGGAAACCUCGACAUCAACACCAUGCAGAGGAUAGAUGACUUCAGCCCAGACAAACCCAUUUCACAGCAGUGCAAACCCCGCAGCCACAGCUGGAACGACUCACCGGCCUCCACAGGGCUUAGUAUCUGGAGCAGAGGCUUCACACCAGCCUCUGCUGGCCCUCCUCAGUCUCCAACCUCUCCAGACAGGCCUCCCUCCACUAGGGGGAAGGAGAGAGUCAUCAACCUGGAUGGCUUGAGGCUUCCCUGCAGAGAGCUGCAAGUGAAGAGGCUCAGAGAGGACUCAAGUAUAUCAGACCAGGAUGUGCUGCAGGAGUAUUCCUCAUCCACUCCAAAGCGCUCCAGGUCAGACCAACCAGCAGACAAGCCCACAGUAACAAGCCAGCCCCGGCCACGCAAUAGAUUUGCCACCAUCCUUCAGAGGAGGAACCAGGAAUCUGAGGAGGAUGGCCAGGUCACACGCAGCAGAUUCUUCAGCAGCUCCAGUUCAGCACCAAGUCGGAUCGCUGAGGAUUCUGCCCAGGAGGACCCCACAGCUGUCAGUCAGAGUCCCGAGAAUUCGUCACUCAGCACCCAGAACUAUGACAGCGAUAGUUCGGAUGCUCCGUCUGUGGAAACCCCUAAUCCAUCUCCAUCAUCUUGUACCACACCCUCCGGUUCGGCCAGUCGUGGACUCAGGCUGUUCCACUGGUCAGAUGGCUCCUCCUCAACUGAAAAGUCGACAACACCAGAGUCCACCUCAGGCUUGGCUGCACUGCGGCAGUUUCAGUACAAGAAGGAAAGUUUUCUCACUCCAUCAGAGAUCACCACACCUUCUGGGGAUUCGGUUUCUCCACAGCCCUCCUUCCAGGACAGAAAAUCAGAGGAUAAAGAUGACCUCUCAGACUCCCCUCCUUCUCAAGACAGCGCUUAUUUCUCCCAGUCACAGCCUGACCUCACUUCGUUCCAUAAAGAUGAAGUCCCCACCUCCAGCUUUCUCUCCUCCUACCAGGAGGCUGCUGCAUCUGAAAUUAAUUCAAGCAAAGAUUCAGAGAUAAAGCGGAGUCCCACACACUCACCAGAAAUAAAUAUGAAACCUGGUGUGCUGAGAACAAAGGUUUCAGGUCUACCAAAGCCACAGUCCAGCAGCCAGAGUCAAACGGCAAAAGUGCGAACACUGGGCCCAGCUAGGGUCAGCGGACUUAGGAAGAAGUCUGCGAGUCUGGGGAAGACAUUUCCUUCGGUCAAUAAUGAAAACAAUCCUGGUGUCCAGGCCACCAUCAGCAGCCUCUGGAAGAACUUCAGCUUCAAAAAGGAUACCCAGAAGAUUGCUCACUGUCAGAAAAAAGAGCCCAUGUCUCCUGUCAAAGACAACGUGCUGACCAGUUGACCUCCAGCAGAACGACUCUGCUCUGAAUGUUAAACUCAGUCUGAGCGCUCGGUGGAGUGAAGCUUUUAAACAGACCGUGUAUAUAUCUGUAUUUGCUGUAUAGUUUUAAAUAAAGAAACUG